CAGGACUCGACAAGACGGACGCUUCUUUCGGCGCUCUGGUUUGCUGUGUAGGGGGCUCGGGUCCGCCGUGAAAGGCGGACGGUAAACUUGGAUAGCAAUAAUCCCUGAGGAGUCUGCACAGAACCAUAUUGCGACGCAGUAGAGCAGGAACUCUUCCGCACACAUCCUCGAAACAACCGAUCUCAUGGCGAUGUUCACAUUCGACCACGACGAAGCGCAUCUGGCGACAGAGAAGGCGCAACAUGGCCUCGAGCCUACCCUGAACGAUGGCGACGACGUCUUUGCGCCUGAGAAAAUGGACACGGACACCCUUCAUGUGGGAACCCCGCCAAUCAAUAUAGUGUCCCCGCUGCCCAGGCGCGCAGUGCAGCCCAAUCUGGAGACCAAGCAGCAAGCGACGGAUCGGCUGGACUUCGACAUGGUCAUGAAGAAGGCGCAGAAGAACAAGAAGAAAAAGAAGAAGGCCAUGAAAUCUGGCGCACUGGCUGGCAACAUCACUCGAGGCUUCCAUACGCCGAUUACCUCUGGUGGAGAAGAGUCGGAUUUCUCUAGGGCUGCCACCCCUCGCUUUGGGCCUGCUGUUUCUGGACUCCCGAGUGUGACUAGUAGUCCCGCUCUGAGGCCAGUGUCUGCUGCCGGCGGUAUCAGUAACUUGAAAGCGCAACUCGAGGCACUCAGCAUCAAUACUAGGGUCGACUCGCCGGUUAGAGGGUAUCCCUUGUCCAGGGUCGUAUCUGGGCUUUCCAGCAAUGCUAGCAUGUCUGGACGCGACAGCGACAGUGACCGUACCGAGAUGGAGAGCUACGAGAUCAAUCUCGACGAAGACUUCAGUCUCGACGCCCAUUCCAAAACAUCAACAAUGGUCAGCAGUGGUAUGGUGCGCAAGAUGACCGCCGAGGACUUUGAGCCCCUGAUGUGUCUUGGGAAGGGCAGUUACGGCACUGUCCUGCUUGUCAGGCAGCGCGCCACUGGCCGUCUCUUUGCUCAGAAGCAGUUCAAGAAGGCGUCAAUCACAGUGCACAAGAAGCUGAUCGAGCAGACCAAGACAGAACGCACAAUCUUGGAGUCCGUCAACCGACACCCGUUCAUUGUCAAUCUGUACUACGCCUUCCAGGAUCACGAAAAGCUCUAUCUCAUUCUCGAGUAUGCGCAGGGAGGAGAAUUGUUCCACCAUCUUGCCGCUGAGCGCAUGUUCACGGAGGAGGUGACAGCCUUCUACAUGGCGGAGAUGGUGCUCGCGCUGGACCAUCUUCACCGCACCGUCGGCGUCAUCUACCGCGAUUUGAAGCCCGAGAACUGUCUCCUAGAUUCUGAGGGCCAUCUGCUCCUGACAGAUUUCGGCCUCAGCAAGGUCUCCCUAGACGAGGACAAUCCCUGCCGCUCCUUCCUCGGCACAGUCGAGUACAUGGCCCCCGAGGUUGUGCAAGGCAUCGACUACGGCGCAGCGGUAGACUGGUGGUCUCUCGGCGCCCUAGGCGUCGAUCUACUAACAGGCAACCCCCCUUUCACAGGCAACAACAACGCCAAAAUCCAAGAGAAGAUCGUCAAGCAGAAACUCGCGCUCCCCUACUACAUGAGCGCCGACGCAAAGGACCUCCUCACGCGCCUGCUGCGCAAAGAGCCCAAGAAGCGCCUCGGCUACAACAUGCCCAAAGACCUGCAGAUCAUAAAGAGCCACCGCUUCUUCCGCAAAAUCGACUGGAAGAAACUCCAGGCCCGCGAGCUCGAGCCGCCCAUCCAGCCCCUCAUCACGGAUCCCGAACUCGCGGAGAACUUCGCCCAGGACUUUACCGAUCUGCCGCUCAGCCCGGUGCUUGUGCGCGACGACCUGGGCGACUUUAUGAGCGAGUCGCAGUCGAAUCCGUUUGGAGGGUUUAGCUUCGUGGCUAGCUCGAGCUUGCUGGAGGCGGGAGAGUGGGGGUACUAGAUGAUUCAUGGGUUUGGAAGACGUUAGAUGUCGGUUUUGGAUUAUGGUUACGUUUGAUGUAUUGCUUCGUUGUUUUCGCAUUACGAGACGGUUUUGAUGCAUGUAUGGUCUGUGGUAUUUUUGACUUUUGCGAGGUAGAUCGUGAUUGCAUAGCGGG